UAAAAGUCAAUAUCUUCACAAAUUUGCUAUAAAUUCAAACAGCAAGUAGCAAAUAAUCAGAGUUAUUGAACCCGAAGCGAAUUACCGGAGCGAAAUAUCGGAUUACGAGGUUUUACAAUUAAUGAUAAAAAUCAAUAUCUUCACAAUUCGCUGUGAAUUCAAAUAGCAAGUAGCAAAUAACCGGAGUUAUUGAACCGAAGCGAAUUAUCGGGGCAAUCAGAUCGGUGUCUUGCACGGGAUCCGUCUUAUUUUCUAACGAUAACGAUCUCACGUGCUUCUUAUCGAUCUACGUGCACCAAAAAGUAGGCAAAUCCAGCGAGAGGCUAUCGAUCAAUUGAACGCUUUCGGGCCUGCAGGCCAUGCAUGCACGCAGAGAACGCUCUUAUCUCUAUAAUAGUUAUCGAAUAGACUAGAGGCGAACCGGAGAUUUGUUGAGUAAAAGAAGAGAGAGACAGAGAGAGAGAGAGAGAGAGAGAGAGAGAGAGAGAGAGAAUCAUCGCGAGAAUCAUCGAGCGGUGGAGGGCGACCUCGAGAUAAGGGAGGACAGCAACGGGGAGGAGCUCAUCGAUUGUAAAUUAUAAUUCACCCGCGCGCGUCGCGACUGCGGAAAAAUCGGCCGGGCGGACGAAAUAAUUAUUGUGCACGUUCGCAUCCCUCGCUUUCUCUCUUCGUACGUGUAUUCAGUGAGAGAGAAGGAGACGAAGAAGGAGGAUUAAUCGCACCAUGCCGAUCGUGACGUGAAUCGAAUGCGAGAUCCGCCGCGUCGUCUUCGAAGGGCGGAGAACACGCCCGUGGUGCAAAGUGAUCGGCAAGGUGUCAUCGCGGCGAUCGUCCAUCGCCGAGAAGGUGGAGGAAAAAAUAGUGUUGUUGGUGGUGGUGAAGGAGGAGAGCUCGUCGUCUGGAUGCCAGUUCUCGAGGGCGGAGUGCGAAAAAGGGCCGUGCGUAAAAUGCGGAUGAGAAUCUGCGCCGCGACCAAGGAGUCCUACACACUCCUCUCCAAGAAACGGAGGCAGCAACUGGAACAACCCGUAUACUGCGAGUCUGAGUCGCGGCGACCUACCACCGUGGAAGAUGAUAAGCAAGACAUAUCGGGCGCAAAUCCGGAGAAAGUCAAGAGCACGACGCAGGAUCUAUUCGAAUUACUUGAGCGAGUGCAAAGUUCGCGUCUCGACGAUCAACGCUGUGUUUUGCCAUCAUAUUUUUCUCAGACACCGAGAGAUGACAGGACAACGUCGAGUCCCGGUGGUGCGCCUAGCAAUCACACAUCAGCGUUAUCGCCAACACCGAUGGGCGAUGCGCCCUUGGGGAGAGCCCUAAUGGAAGCAGCUCUGCAACAGCAAGCUGUGUCCAAUGUCCAGCCACCCUUAGUCGUCACGCCAUCCGGGUAUUGGGUCGACGGUACCGAUCAUCGACAUACUCUCGAUUCCGCCGGCAAAGCAUUACUACCGGCGCAGCCAGCCUGGCAGCCUAGGAUAGACCAGGAUGACACGGCCAAAUGCUACCGCCGCUUCUUUGUCGGCAGAGAACACGUGAAUCUCGUGGGAAGGGACAAUGAGAACGGUCCGGUUUUGGUCUCGGUGAAGGCCGAGACGGUCGCCGGACAAGAACAUUGGCGGGUGUUGCUGCGACUUCGAGCAGGAUCGACACAUGACCUGGUUCCAACUACGAAUCUCAACUCGAAUCCUACACCGAGGAAAAUGGUCAAGGCAAUCAAUGAGUCUCUAAACGUGAGCCCCCUGAUGCCGGUCAUGUGUCCUGGCGCCGGUACUUUGAUAGCACGAUACGACGAACACGCCUUGGUCUCUAGGUUUAAAUUUGGUGUUCUUCAUCAGCGAGCCGGUCAACUCACCGAGGAACAACUCUUCGGCAAUCGGCAGAUCACCCCGGCCUUUCAGGAGUUUCUCGAUUUGCUUGGUCAGAAAAUCGAUCUCAAAGAUCACAAGGGUUAUCGCGGUGGAUUAGAUACUCGACACGGUCAGACUGGCGAUUCGGCGGUAUACGAGGUGUUUCGGGGUCGGGAAGUAUUGUUCCAUGUGGCCUCAUUAUUGCCAUAUAGUCCAGGUGAUUCGCAACAAUUACAGCGCAAACGACACAUCGGCAAUGACAUCGUUGCCAUCAUAUUUCAAGAGGAACCGACGCCCUUCAGCCCGGACAUGAUCGCCAGUCACUUCUUGCACGCCUUCAUCGUCGUGCAAGUCAUCGACCCCUGCACUCCUAAUACAAGGUACAAAGUCAGUGUGACAGCGCGUGAUGAUGUUCCCUGGUUCGGACCAACUCUACCGACUCCAGCAGUUUUUCUCAGAGGUGUCGAAUUUAAAGAGUUCCUGCUCACGAAACUUGUAAACGCCGAGAACGCCGCUUAUAAAGCCGAGAAAUUUUCCAAAUUGGAGCUACGGACUAGAUCGGCCUUAUUAGAAUCCCUAACGGAAGAAUUGCAAACCAAAACGGCAGAAUUUCUUGGUGGUCCACUUGGCCUAGGAAGUUCCGGCUUAAGCGUUUGUCCAGUAAGUCCAACAACGAACGAUGUAUCUACUUCAGGAAGUAGUGGCAGUGGCUCGCGAUUCAUCGACACGGUUCGGAAAGCACUGAUCUCUCGUGUGAGAAACGCAUCAACGGAAAGCGUGCCGCAACAGUUAGCUAAGAAAGGUCAACAGACAGAGUCCAGUCCUCCAAGUAAUCGACAGUCAACUAUUACGAAGGUGAGCAGCAGCAAGCGUUCGGUGGAACCAUCCAGUCCCCUCGGCUCGCCGGAUUUGACUUUGAGAAGAGACUCGGAACGCGGUAGUCUUGGUAGCCAAGACAGCAGCCUAUCCAACACCGACAAUCAAGACAGUAGCCUAGUGACAUUGCAACAAGAUGAAUAUGAUCGCAGGGAAUCGCAAGGCACGAGUGUCAUCUGCCUCAACGAUACUUCUGUCAUCGACAAAUCCCCGGCGCCGACAUCGGCAAUGGUGCAACAACUAACACAUGAGAAUCUGCGCACGCAGGAGAAAACAACAACGGAGGUGACGCAGCGAGUGAUUUCAGAGAGCGAUGACAGUUCGCUCAACAGCGAACUCGAACUCGAUCAGGCCGUAUAUCCCGAUAGUGACACUGGCCUCGAAUCUAUGAGUUCCGCAGAGACUCACGAUACCACAAGGUGUACCAGUAAAGACGGGAUCGUGGAAAACGAAAACUUAAGGAUGGAGGUCACUAGGCUCAAGUGCGACAAAUUGGAUUUGCUACGGCAAAAUGUGACAUGUCAACGUGAAUUGAAACGACGUCGAGAAAAGGAAUUACAACUAGAAUCCGAUUUGGCGACAGCGUCCAAGGAGAUCCUACGAUUACGUGCAAUGCUGAAGGAAUGUUCCACGAGCAUUCCGCUAGAUAACAACAACCAGCAAACGUCCACCGUGUGAAAUUUACGAGCACAACGUGUAGUUAGGCGCGAUCGAUAGUUAUUCUCACGAGAUAUUAGAUAAUAUGGCCUUUACGGUCGAAUGCAAUUACAUGUGUAGAUGUGUCUGGAAAAUUGUCUUCGAAAAUGCGCGCAAUAAUUUUUUUUUUGUCUUUGUUAGAAAAUCUGUCGAAUUUCACAUGGCUUUUGCACGCACGCUAUUUCUUUUUCGUUAUAUCACUUUUGUGUAUAGUCUGAUAUUGAGAUUACUGAAAUGACAUACGAAAUACCAAUAGAUGUUUAAAGGACAUGAUAGAAAAAUGUUAAGUAAAAUGUUAAGACGUCUUUCAAACGCUUAAUGAGUACUCAAUACUUAAACACUGUGUACCUUCACCAGGAAUCAUUCAUCACUUCCAAAGGUUUAUCGUUAGCGCUCCAUAAGAGCAUAUAGAGCAUAUAUUUGCAAUUUAGAUGCUUUAUUACGAGAAUUAAUCGUUCAAAGUGAAUUUUCUUUCUAUAGAUAGAGAUCGGUACAAGUUCUAUAAGUCAUAUACGAGAUAAGAUUAACUCAAAUCCUGAAACUGUGUAUAGUGACCAAAGUGUCCUCGAGAUACUUGUAGUAUAGAUUCAAGAUUGUUAGUUCUUGUUUGACUUAUAAAACACGUGUAAUUUAUAUCUAUUAAUUUAUUAGUAGACUUAAGUUGACCAUUCGUAGUCAAUAUACAUAUGUGGAUAUAAAAAGAAGCAGUAGGAAUAUCUGUAGUAUUAGCUAUCUUAAGAGACGGAUUAAGCACUCAACAUUGAGAAGAAACAAAAAUUAUCAAUGCGUUUCAAUAGGAGCGUGUUACAUCUAUUUAUCGCUAACAACAUCCUAAUAACUUCCGUUUAUUCUUCCACAACGUAGAUUAUCCACAAUUGGACAGAAUUUUUUCCAUAAUUAGAUACUAUUUAAGAUAGUCGAUAGACAUUUUGUCAACGCGAUUGUAGAAGGAAGUAAUAUGUCAUUAGCAGUAUUCGUUAGAUACAUUUAUCCGGCACAACACUUAUCCAUUUAUUAGUUUUCUAGUACUUAGAUACCAGAGAGUAGUUUUAGAAGAUACUUCUAUAAGAUUAAAUUAUAUCCGUACCAUCCUCGCGUGCUAGUUUUAGUGAGAAACUGAUUUCAAGCGUUUUUUUUUUAACCAGUCGCACACAGCACCAAAUUAUUUAAGUAUAUGCAUCACAAAAUAUUAUUAUUUUUGUCGCACGUGCAAAUAAACGACGCGUUAUCGUUUAUCAUUCAUCAUUUAAAGUUAAGCAUUUUGUAUUCGUUUUUAGUUGAUGAAUGUCGAUUUUUCUGUUGUCUUAUACAGCUAGUAUUAAUACGAUUCUUACCAUUAUUAUUAUUAUCAAUCUUACUAUUAUUAAUAUUUUUAUUAACAUAAAUUACGUUGUACAUUGUAAUGUUUGUAAAUAAUCGUUAAUAUAGGACAAACACUUGAAGGCGUUAAGCAAACUGGCACAAAGAGGAGGAACAACAACGUUCACUCACAUAUAAUACCAAAGUUUAAUGUAGUAAAAUUCACAGCUUUUCUUUUUUUUA